AACCGUGACCUCAACACGAACGAUACCAUCGAAAUAUGCUCCGAUCUGUGCGUUCACUGCAUAUUCGCUCCCAAACUCUCGUUAAAGGGCGCGGGCUGGCCAACGCAGCUCCCAAAUUUCCCGCUCAGUCACAGGGACAUCUUCCUACUUCUAAUUCCCCAUUAGUGUCCAAGCUCCAGUUCUUCAAUUCAGUUACUAGCGAAUCCGGACAAAUUCCAACUUAUCGAGUCCUUGAUGGCAUGGGGAAGCUAAUAGAUGGCGCAGAAGUACCUGAUGCGCUGAGCGAGGAUUUUGCGCGGAGACUGUAUGAGAAUAUGCAACUGCUGCCUACUUUAGACAAUCUGUUGUAUAAUGUCCAACGCCAAGGGAAGAUAUCAUUCUAUGUGACUUCAUAUGGUGAAGAAGCGACGAUCAUAGGGUCUGCUGCAGCACUUGCUCCGGACGACGAAGUUUUGGGACAAUAUCGAGAAAUGGGUGUUCUCCUUUGGCGUGGCUUUGGAGUUAACUCCGUCAUGGCACAGUGCUUUGGAAACCAGGAAGACAAAUCCGGAAAGGGAAGGCAAAUGCCAAUGCAUUUCGGUUCUCCGGAAUUGCACUUCCACACCAUCUCGUCAACUCUCGCAACACAAAUCCCACACGCCGCAGGAGUGGGCUACGCCCUGAAACGGGACCCAAGCCGGCGGGGUAAAAAUGUUGCCGUGGUAUACUUCGGCGAAGGGGCUGCUUCUGAAGGAGACUUUCAUGCUGGUAUGCUGCUUGCAUCCACUAUACCGGCCCCAACAGUAUUUAUUGCUCGUAACAACGGUUUUGCUAUCUCAACCCCUGCCUCUGAGCAAUUUUAUGGGGAUGGCAUUGCAGCCAGAGGCCCUGGAUAUGGCGUGGAUACUGUACGAGUAGAUGGGAAUGACAUCCUUGCCGUAUUGAAUGCUGUCAAGGAAGCCAGGAGGAGAUGUCUGGAGAGCGGAAGAGCAGUCCUAAUUGAGGCUAUGACAUAUCGCGUGGGCCACCAUUCAACUUCAGACGAUUCUUUCGCCUAUAGGGGUAGACAGGAAGUUGAAGAUAGGAAGAAGAUAGAUAAUCCGAUCACACGGUUCCGAUUGUUUAUGGAGUCGCAGGGUUGGUGGUCAAGUGACGAAGAAGAGGAACUGAAAAGGAGAUUGAAGAAAGAUGUUUUGGAAGCGUUUAAGCGCGCUGAAGGAGUCAAACGCCACCAACUCAAAGAGCUCUUUUCCGACGUUUAUGGAGGUCAAGAACCCUGGAAUAUCAAGGAGCAGAGGGAGGAGCUCGCCAGUUUGCUGAAGAAAUAUGGAGAGGUCUGGGAACCUUGGCGUAACGAACUAGGCAAUUUCCAAGAUAAGGGUCAGGAGCUAUUCAAGGAGUAGGCCAGUGCCUAAGGCGAUCUGCACGGGCGCACCUGAUCUCACGCCUGUUCACAUGAUCUAACCAGUUUCAAUCCUACAGGAAUCGGUUCAUAGAACUGCUUCUUAAUCUUCUAUAGCUCAUUUCCUGGAAAAUUCAACGGGCCCGUGAG